AUGAAUUACUUUAUCGAACAGAAUGGCGUGUCCUACUAUACGGAAACAUUCAAUAGCACAAAGAAUGAAAAUGACGACGAUCUCGGAAAUACAACGACGGCUAACGAAAGUGAAUUUAAUCUACAAAAUGAAGAAUUUAUAUUUGACAGAACAGAUGUUAGAGCUAUAUUUAUCACAUUGUACACGCUCGUCUUCUGUUGCUGCUUCUUCGGGAAUCUCCUCGUUAUUCUCGUGGUAACGCUUUCUAGACGAUUGAGGUCCAUAACUAAUUUCUUUCUAGCCAAUCUAGCGGUGGCAGACUUAUGUGUUGGCGUGUUUUGUGUCUUCCAAAAUUUAACUAUAUACCUUAUACCCAGUUGGGUGUUCGGAGAUUUCUUAUGUAAAAUGUAUCAAUUUGUACAUUCCCUAAGUUACACGGCAUCAAUAUUUAUCCUCGUUGUGAUAUGUACCGAGAGAUACUUCGCGAUAAUACAUCCUAUUACAUGUAAACAAAUACUGACUUCGAGAAGACUUCGGUUAGUCAUCCUGGGAGUGUGGAUAACUAGUGCAGCGUACAGUGCACCCAAAUUCAUAUGGGUAGAGACUAUAACAAAUGACCUGGGCGAUGGUCACUUAGAGACUAUCUGCAUUCAACACCGUAUGAAAUACAAUUCCGAAAUUUUCGACAUGGUCAACUUUGGACUGCUUUAUGUCACACCUCUCUGCGUCAUGACGGUGUUGUAUACACGAAUCGCGGUUGGCUUGUGGCAAAGUUCAAACGGCCUCAGACACAUGGGACAAACUCAAUGCUGUGCUACACAAUGCCCCAGAGUAGACAAGCCAGCAUCAGGAAGUUAUGAACCACAACGGACUUUCAUCGGAACCACUGAAGCUAAGGGCACUCCAAAAUCGGCUCUGAAAACCAAAAGAUUAAGCAGCCGCCAUGAUGGACGAAGCUGUCACCAUCUGAGCCACCUCUCCCGAAACGUGCUGAGAGCUCGAAGAGGAGUUGUUCGGAUGCUAAUAGUUGUCGUGCUGACGUUCGCAAUAUGUAACCUUCCAUUCCACGCGCGCAAAAUGUGGCAAUACUGGUCGAGCGGAUAUCAAGGGACGAGCGAUUUCAGCGCCCUCCUCACUCCCCUCACCUUUCUUAUUACUUACUUCAAUUCCGGGAUCAACCCGCUACUAUACGCGUUUUUAUCUAAGAAUUUCAGGAAGGGCAUGAGAGAACUCCUAUUCUGUAAUUUUCACAGUAAGAGAAAGAGCGAAAAUGUGAUUUUAUUGAAUCGAGUCGGCGGCACCGGUUUGCGGAGAAGUUCGACGCGUUCGACGCGCGCCAACUGCAGCACAGUCACGAUGGCACCAAACGGAGAGUCAUGA